ACUUCUCACGCGUAGCAACCCCAAAUUGCCGCCGCGCCGCCUUCUUCGACAGCGCGCAAGCUUCCCGAUCAGGCCACGCCGGAGCGCCUCUGACGUCGUUUUCCGAUUCAUCAGGAGGUAAUCAUUUCCGAUCCGUUCUUUUACUGUUAUAACGUCCGAGAACGGCAUUUCAGAGCAAGCCACGUUAUUUACCGGAACUUUGGAACGGCGUGAGGCGUUCCCGUGCCGGAACGCCGGUUCCGGACGUUCCACACCCGUUCCGACGAACCAUGCUGAGGAUGGCCCCCGUUCCAUUCACCAAUAACAGAUGCCUCGUCAGCCCCACCGCGGGAGAGCUCUUGGACGGCAGCGCGCUCGUGGGCUGGGACGACGAAGACCCGUCCAUUUUGCUCCGCGUAGAGUCCGUUGGAGAAGCCAGGGAGCGGCUCCGGCUCGUGGUCCGGCAAAUCGGACCCCGCUAGAUCCGGGCCGAGCUGUUCCGCUGGGCGGCAAUUCGGCAAGGUGACGUCGAAACAGUCCUGGUGAAAUCCGACGGUGCUAUCUCCGAGUUCCAUAUCACCUGGGGGAGAUCGCACGGCUGCAAAUGGUUGUCGCUUCGAGUGCGGGAGAUACAUAGAUAUCUGUAUCUAUUGAUUAAGAUAUCUACCGAAUCAUCCCCCUUUGCCUCGCUGGCACGGAGGAAAUCGGGUUUCCCCACAUUUGGGCUUAUUUGGCGCACGAGGUAAUUCGUUAAGGUACAACGUGGCGGAGGAGCAGAAUAAAGGGCGACGGAGGAAGAACGGUCAAUUCAGAAGCGACGUGUAGGGAUUUCAUUCGGAAGAGGAAAACGGUGGGCGAGAAGCGGAAAAUCCUCGCCUCAGAGAUCGCUUCCUUGGGCGACCCGGUUCCUUGCCAUCUCAGGUAGAUCCGCCCGGAUCUACCCUCUCUCUCAUUUUUACGCCGCCUUCGCUUGGAUCUUCCUGUAAUUUUGCGUUGCUGAUUCGGGCGCGUGGGCCACGGUUCUCCAGCUUCUGGAAAAACUUAUGGUUCCACUAUCGAGGAGACACAUGAACCACCAACAGCCUUCAAAGCGGCAUGGUGUCCCAAUUGUCCAUCCCUUUCUUGGAUUCUCUUCUUUUGCUCGGACUAUUUUAUUCAGCUGCUCUGCCCCUACCUAUUCGCGUUCGGCCUUCACUAAGUCACCAGAUUCCAUUCCUGAGCUGAAACCCACUAAAUGUCUUGAGCAUGCCAAAUUUGAAGAAGUGGAUGAAGACGAGGAACAAGUUGACAUGCUACAUGCAGAUUUUGGGUUCUUUGACCCUAGGCCAGGGGAUUUCAGUGGGGUGAAGCUUCUUCUUCACAAUUACCUUGACAACAAGCCAUGGGACCUCAGUGGUUUUGUGGAUUUGAUCUUGGAGCAGACAACUGUUGGUACAGUUGUCAAAUUGGAUGAACAAGAUGAAGUAGGAGAUGUAGAUGAUGAUGAUGGUGGUCCUUUUGGCAUUAUCAGUGCUAUUAAUCUGCAAAGAUACCAGCAUCACAGAUGCAUCAAGGAACUCAAAGAGUUCUUGCUUGAAGCAUGUACUGAGAAAGCCACAAAGAAAAAGAUUAAGACAUAUUUGGAACGACAAGCGGGUGAUGUGGGCCUUUUAGUUUCUCAACGCUUUGUCAACUGCCCCUACCAGUUAGUGCCUCCAUUGUAUGAUGCAUUAUUUGAUGAGAUAGCAUGGGCAACUGAAGAUGAGCCAACGCAGGAGCUUAGGGACUCCUUCUGUUUCAAGUAUUAUGUGUUGGUUACUAGAAUUUUUGAGAGCAAAGCCAUCAAACAAAGCAAAGCAAACAUGAAGGGUGAUGUUGAUUUUAGGGACUCUAUAAUAUAUGUCAAGCCAGAGGACGAGAUUUUUCAAGAGCUGAGCUCACUUUCAUUUACUUUUGCUUUGCGUGCUGUGAGGCCCUCUCCUAGUGAGAUGAAGAACUACAAGGAGAAGGGGCUGGUCAUGGUUAUAGAUGCUAGCGAAGUUUCUAAGUUUCGAGAGAAGUUAAAGUGUUUACUGGCUGAAUGUUGACACUUGCAAGCACUAGGCCUAUAAUUUUGGCGCUAAGCAGACAAACCAAUUUGCAGUCUAUGCAGCUUGGCAUGGCAAAUCAGUUGAAGAUUUUUGUUGCCGAGGUCGGCACCCCGCUCCUUUUGCCUCUGUUCUCGUUUUUCCUGAAGCUUCUCGCCGAGCAAAGUAGACAACGUUAAAUACAAUUUGAUAAGAUAAUCUGUUUUGAUUGGAUUUGAAAUAUGAACAAUAGAUAAAACUUAAUGUUUAUCUUCUACCUAUUGUAUUAUGUUCGUGUGAGUCGGAAUGAAUUUGUUUGGACUAUUUAAUAAUUUUGACUAAGAGUUGUUUUUAUGCUCUAAA